AUGCCCGCUGCUGUUGGUUCCGACGGGGAGACCAACCCUGGCCGUCUUCUCCUCCUCUCUAACCGACUGCCCAUCACCAUCAAGCGCUCCGACGAUGGCAGCUACAGCUUCUCCAUGUCGUCUGGUGGCCUUGUCACUGGCCUCAGUGGCCUCAGCAAAACGACCAGCUUCCAGUGGUAUGGCUGGCCGGGCCUUGAGGUUCCUGAAAAUGAGGUCGACGGCAUGAAGCGCCGUCUAAAAGACGAGUAUGGCGCUCAUCCUGUUUUCAUCGACGAUGAAUUGGCCGACAGACAUUAUAACGGCUUUGCUAACUCUAUCCUGUGGCCUCUCUUCCACUAUCACCCCGGCGAGAUUACUUUUGACGAGUCGGCGUGGAGCGCAUAUCAAGAAGUCAACCGCCUCUUCGCGAAGACAGUCAUCAAGGAUGUGCAGGACGGCGACCUUAUUUGGGUCCACGACUACCACCUGAUGCUUCUGCCUCAGAUGCUGCGAGAAGAGCUUGGAGACUCCAAGAAGGAUGUCAAGAUUGGCUUCUUCCUGCACACACCUUUCCCCAGCAGUGAAAUCUAUCGAAUUUUGCCUGUGCGAGAGGCUCUGCUUACCGGUCUCCUUGACUGCGACCUGAUUGGCUUCCAUACCUACGACUAUGCUCGCCAUUUUCUCAGCAGCUGUUCCCGAAUUCUUGAUACCCCAACUACCCCCAACGGCGUGGAUUGGAACGGCCGCUUUGUUACCGUUGGAGCUUUCCCCAUCGGCAUCGACCCCGAAAAAUUCGUCGAAGGCCUUCAGCGACCCAAAAUCCAAGAGCGCAUCGCCGCCCUCAGCCGCAAGUUUGAGGGUGUCAAGCUGAUUGUGGGCGUCGACCGACUGGAUUAUAUCAAGGGUGUGCCUCAGAAAUUGCAUGCUCUGGAAGUGUUUUUGACAGAGCACCCUGAAUGGAUUGGCAAAAUCGUCCUUGUGCAAGUCGCCGUUCCAUCUCGACAAGAUGUCGAGGAAUAUCAAAACCUUCGCGCCGUCGUCAACGAACUCGUUGGUCGCAUCAACGGCAAGUUCGGCACCAUUGAAUUCAUGCCCAUCCACUUCCUCCACCAGUCUGUUUCCUUUGAAGAGCUCACAGCGCUAUAUGCCGUCUCGGAUGUGUGCUUGGUUUCAUCUACGCGUGACGGAAUGAACUUGGUCUCGUACGAGUACAUUGCCACUCAGCGCGAAAACCAUGGCGUCAUGAUUCUCAGCGAGUUCACCGGCGCCGCCCAAUCGCUCAACGGCAGUCUUAUUGUCAACCCUUGGAACACCGAGGAGCUUGCCAACGCCAUCCACGAUGCCGUUACCAUGAGCCCCGAGCAGCGCGAAGCCAACUACCGAAAGCUCGAGCGCUACGUCUUCAAAUACACAAGUGCCUGGUGGGGAGCCAGCUUCGUAGCUGAGAUGACGCGCCUCUCUUCGGAGAAUACGCAGUCCAAGACACUUCGCAAUAUUUCUGGUGCGGUCGUGGGUCUUGGCCAAAAGGUGCAGCAGGUCGCCGAAGAUGCCAAGGAGUUGAUAACAGGCGGCGAACAGGCACCAGAGACGUCUGAAUAG